AUGUCCUCUGACCAUCUUGUCGACAACUACCCAGCCAUUCGCGACACGAACGAGAAGACCCGUCUUCAUACCAGCACGAUCUCGUCGUCCAAGCACUGGGCGGACUUUCACAACUUCAAGACACCCUUCCCGGAGGAGUGGAAGGACUCCUUUGACUGCAUCCAGCUCCGAGCAAUCCUCGCCAAUGUGCCCGGGGACGCCGCGAUCGAUCUCGUCAAGCGGGCGAUGGAGCUUCUCAGACCUGGUGGUUAUAUCCAAAUCGUGGAUGGCUCCAUGUCAGCCGGUGAGCUCAAAGGUGAUGAGAAACCUCACAUCCGAUUCUUCACAAGCUUAGCCAACUAUUUGAUUCUGAAUGGACUGAACAACAGCCAAGGAGCGCGAGUGGGGGAGAUUCUGGACGUUGCUGGGGACGGUGUGCUGGAAGACGUGGAAACCAAGGAAGGCAAGAUGCUUUUCGGCAAAGGCGCGGGAGAAAUGGAAGAUGCAAGUUGGCAGUGGUUGAGAUUCAUGUUGGAGGUUCAGGCGGGACCUGCGAUGUUGAAGGCAGGAGUAUUCGCAUCGAAGGAGGGCCUUGACACCUUGCGACUGGAGGUGAUGGAAGAGGCACAAACGGAGGGCUUUAGCAUGCCGUGGCAUGCUGCCUGGGGUAGGAAGACGUCUGUCGGAUGA